AUGGCGAAUCAUACGGCAAAUGUUGGUCACAUUACUGUGAAAGAGUACACGGAAGAGUACUUUGGCAUGGAGCACGACACGAUCGCUCGCAACUUUGGCGUCGUGAUCGGAUGCAUCGUUGUCUUCCGUAUUCUGGGUCUGUUGGCACUGCGCUUCGUCAACCAUCAGAAAGAUAAGCAUUUUAAAUAG